AUGGCACAGUAUAGGACUCUGGAUCUGCAAUGCCCGUAUAAAAGUACCCCUGAAAUUCCUGCACCAGUUACCCUACCUGUCUCCCCUACCCCACCCAGCACCACCUUCUCUCCUGUCCCGAAGCCUAGAGUCAUCUGCUCCGCCCAUCAGAUGACUGUGGAGCUCCCUUCUGGUCCCAUCUCUGGAAUUCUCAUUAAAGACAUCAAAGGGAACCAGAUGGACCUCCAGGAUGCCCCGAAGCACUGUGGGUAUUCUGCGAGCAUAGGCAAAGAUGGCAAAAUCCAUUUGAGCCUCCAGUUACACUCACGCUGCCACAUGAGUGUGCAGGGUAAAAUGUACAUCGUCGCUGUUGUUUACAUGACAGUAAAUGGGAGAAGGGAGGCUCAGUUUUCCUGUCCAGUUGUCAUCCCAGGGUUCGGACAAGAGUGCAACCUUCCCAGCGAACAGCGUCUCCCCUGCGGAUCGGCGUCUGUAUCCCAGCCACAGUGCCUCUCCAUGGGCUGCUGCUUCAGCAAGCACCCCCCUGCCUGCUACUACCCCAUGGAUGAGUGCACUAUUGACCGCCACUUUGUCUUCUCCGUGCCUGCCUCCCUCACGGAGCCCCCUCUAUCCCCUGCCCUGCUUGUUGCUGCCAGCAACUCCACCUGCACACCUCAGAGAGUGACUCCUGACUACGCCUUAUUCAAGAUCCCAAUGGAUGGCUGCGGGGCGCGCAGAGUGACAGUGGGGAAAACGUUGAUCUACAUGGUGGAGGUCAUUAACAAGGUUCAAGCAAUCAGCCUCAACUAUGGUACCAUCACAAGAGAUUCCCCUGUCAGGUUGUUGGUGGAGUGCCGGUUUCAGCCGGGCACCGUUCUGACAGUGAGCUACCUGGUUAAAACUCCUACCCUUGGACCUAGAGUUCAGACCCAGGGAGUAUUCGGAGUGCAGCUCAGGAUUGCCAAAGACGCUCAGUACAGCAGCUACUACCCUCAGUAUCACCAGCCCCUGCAGAUACUCCUGGGGAAACCCCUCUACCUGGAAGUGCGGCUGCUUAACGCCCCAGAUCCCAGUUUGGUGCUGCUGGUGCACUUCUGUGUGGCCUACCCCCGCUCUGGAAAAUCUGUGUGGGUGCUGCUUUACAACGGAUGUCCCAACCCUUUGGAUCCAGCCCCGCAGCAAGCUGUGCUGUCUGAUCCUCCACCACCCUUUCCGCAGGGUCAUACCCGCCGCUUUACUAUCAGCACCUUCCAGUUCCUUCCUGAUGGUGAGUUCAAAGACCCAGAUGAAGAGAUCUACUUCAUGUGUUCGACUGAAAUCUGCUCACCACGUGACGGACCUUGUGUCGAGGGAUGCUUUGGCCAGUGACGUUACGACAUGGAAAAUGCUUGAAGUUGGUUGAGAUGAAGAUGAUGAUCUGGCCUCAGACAUCUCUCACUUAACCACCAAUAAAAGCUCUUAAAGGACA